AUGUCUCUAAAUCUCGCUGAGGCCGCAGAUGAGCGAAGCUACAGAGAGAUGGAGAAGUACACGGUGGAGCGGGUGGCAGGACAGGGAACAUUUGGCACCGUACAGCUUGCUGUGGAGAAGUCUACAGGUGAGAAUGUAGCAAUUAAGAAGGUUAUUCAAGAUCCACGUUUUAAAAAUCGUGAGUUGCAGAUUAUGCAAGACUUAACUCGCCUUCAACACCCAAAUAUUGUGAUGUUAAAAGGGUAUUUUUACACCGUCAGUGAAAGCCGACAGGGUGAUGUUUAUCUUAAUGUUGUUAUGGAGUUUGUUCCAGACACAUUACACCGAACCUGUCGAAAUUAUUUUCGUCGCCUAUCGAGUCCACCCAUGAUAAUGGUGAAACUCUACAUGUAUCAAUUACUUCGGAGUAUUGCAUGUUUGCAUUUACCCUCAGUUAAUGUGUGUCAUCGUGAUAUUAAACCACAUAAUGUGCUUGUUGAUGAAUCAACAGGCGAUCUUAAACUCUGCGAUUUUGGAAGUGCCAAGAAGUUGUCACCAACAGAGGCAAGUGUGGCGUAUAUUUGCUCACGGUACUACCGUGCCCCCGAACUCAUUUUUGGUAAUCAGCAUUACACCACAGCGGUGGAUAUGUGGUCUGUUGGUUGUAUCUUUGCAGAAAUGUUACUUGGUGAACCAAUAUUUUGUGGUGAAAACACUGCCGGCCAAAUCAGGGAGAUUGUGAGAAUCCUUGGUCGACCAUCCCGAGAAGAGUUAGAUAAGAUAAAUGCCCUUCACACUGAUAUGAAUUUGGCAAAUACGAAGCCUGUACCAUGGGAGAAGGUGUUUCAGCGACAACUUCCUCCUGAGGUGUAUGAUUUGUGUGGAAAGAUCUUUAAAUAUCUUCCCGAUCAACGCAUAGCCCCAUUGGAGGCCCUUUGUCAUCCACUCUUUGAUGAGCUACGUGAUCCCGCUACGCGGCUUCCGAAUGGCAAUGAGCUUCCUUCGCAUCUGUACCGCUUCUUACCGGAGGAGAUUAAUGCCAUGACAGAGGCACAGAAGGCACACUUAUUGCCGAAAAAGUGA